GAUAAACCGCGCGGCGCACGCGCAGACGGCUCCGUAAUUCAAUAAUGGCGCGAAUCCCAAUUACGUUAGCCGUCUUCUCGGCGACAAUUUUGGCCGCAAAUAUAGUUACAGGAAUUCCUGGAGAUGCAGCGGUGCCAAAGUCAAAGAAGGUGCUGGACACCAUCAUGAGUCCAAAUUACAUACCGGUGGAAGAAAAACAUGGUUCAUAUUGGAAAAAAUCAGCUGCCCAAACCUUAAAAGCUAAAUUAGCAGAGAAACCAAACACGAAUAAAGCAAAGAAUGGAAUUCUGUUUAUCGGUGAUGGAAUGUCUCUGGCAACUGUCAUGGCCGCCAGAACAUUCUCUGGACAAUUGGACCAGGGUUUGGGUGAAGAGUCUGUGCUGAAUUUUGAGAAUUUUCCCGUCAGUGGAUUAGCAAGGACAUAUUGCCUAGACGCGCAAGUGCCAGAUUCAGCGUGCACUGCCACCUCCUACUUAACGGGUGUGAAGACAAAAUAUGGAGUCAUAGGUCUUGAUGGCAACGUUACUAGAGGCUCUUGUUAUUCUCAACUUCAUGAGCCAAACUGGUCUGAAUCAAUUGGCCAAUGGGCUCUGGACCAAGGACUGGAUGUAGGCAUAGUGACGACAACGCGGGUAACUCACGCUUCACCAGCGGGCAUGUAUGCCCACACAUCGGAGAGGAACUGGGAAUCUGAUGCCGAUGUGCCUGAUGAAUGCUUGGCUGCUGGAUGCAGGGACAUAGCGUAUCAACUCGUCACUAGCAGCCCUGGAAGACAUUUCAAGGUCAUUAUGGGCGGUGGUCGUAGAGAAUUCCUCCCGAACACGACGAACAUUUUAGGCAGUAAAGGGAGGAGGCUGGAUGGCGUGGACCUCACGGACCUGUGGCAUGUCGACAAACUCAAUAUGAAUGCGACACAUCAAUACGUCACCGACAGAUUAGAGCUUUUAAAGGUCUUCAAUUCCGACGACUUGCCGGAGUACUUGUUGGGGUUGUUCAGGGAUGAUCACAUGGAGUACCAUCUUAAAGCCCAGAACCAGCCAUCUCUCGAAGAAAUGGUGGAAGUAGCCAUCAAGAUGCUUAGUAGGAGCUCUAAGGGAUUUUUCUUAUUUGUUGAAGGUGGAAGAAUCGAUCAUGCGCACCACGACAGCUUAGCUCACUUAGCACUGGACGAAACGGUGGAAUACUCAAAAGCUGUGAAGAAAGCAAGAUCUCUGACCAGUGAGGAAGACACCCUGAUAGUCGUCAGUGCUGACCACGCUCAUACGAUGACAGUUGCUGGGUACCCUUCAAGAGGCAAUGACAUUCUUGGGACUGUGGACACCGCAAAUGGAAUGGAUGGAAAACCCUAUACCACUAUUAGUUACGCAAAUGGAAGAGCUCAAUCGAUUGCAGCGGACGGAAGGGUUGAUGUGACCCAGGAUAAACAAUUUACAUCUCGUGAUCCAGACUACGCCUAUCCAAGCUUAGUGCCUUUAGAUUCGGAGACUCAUGGUGGAGAGGAUGUGGCAGUGUACGCAUCUGGACCUUGGCAGCAUCUGUUCACUGCCAGCUACGAGCAGAACCUAGUCCCACAUCUAAUGGCCUAUGCCAUGUGCAUCUCAGAAGACCAGCAUGGCAACUGUGGACCAGAAAUCCAUAAAUACACCGCUAGUGGUGUCACCACCAACCCUAGUACCAAUUUACUGAUAAGUUUAACUGUGAUAUUUAUUUUAAGGAUAUUUUAUUAGGUAAACAGACUUAAUUUUUUAUUUUACUUUAAUAGCGUAAUAAAGAUGGAAUUGUAUGGAAAGAUCGGAAGUAAUUUAAAAUACGGCUUAUUUACGUAAAUUAUUUGAGAAAAGUUCCCGUAGUUUCAAGUGAUACCGGGACUCUUCAUCAGCAGCAUUCACGGUGCAGUCACUGAACCUACCAGCAGAGCUUUUCUCGAAUAAUUCACACGAGAAAAUCGUAUUUUAACUAAUUUAAUAUAUCUGACGAUAGUUACACAAAGAUGUCAAUUAUAGUUCUACUUCCCUGCGAUCUGAAACAUUCCCAAAUAGCCUUGAACUUCUGUAUCCACUAUACCUGUUUCUGUAUCAUGUUACCACAUUUAUUCGAGUUUGCCACAUACAUACCCGCGGCAAGGACUUUCGUUUUAUAAUACUUUUACUUACGAAUAAUGCAGUUUUCUUGUUUGUUUCAUGAAUUUUAAUCAAUAGGCAUUUUUGUGAGCUGUGAGUUUAAUUUAUCAAGAUAGUAUUUAUAAAAGGGUUCUCUAUAAUUUUAGGAAUUUAGAAUUUUGUCCCCUGUAUAGCCCUUUUCGUCUUAACCUUUCAUGUGUAUAUAACGCGGACCCACACGAAACGAAAUAUCUUUUGUAUUGUGUCUCAUAUCAAUGUAUUCUACUAGUUAAUACCAAAUUUUAUACUGGUCACCUCUACAUACCCCUUAUGCCUUUUUUAAUAAAGAUGGAAAUAUUUUGAUAAAACAUAUUAAAGUAAAUAAAAAAUAUUUUGCAUAGCAUCUAGCUACAGAAAACUAUCAAAACACGGACUUCUGUAUCAUCGUUAAAUGAGACGGAUAAACACCAAUUAGUGCGACAAUUGACAAUUUGAAAAUUAAAACUUAAUAAGCUGUUGUUCAGCAUAGGACCACUUUACCUACGACGUAGAUAAUUCCAUAGUCAAAUGACUCCUUGCAAACGUGAUGAGGUUGAAAACUUAAUAAAAAAGUUACAUAUUAUCUACUGCAUAGUAGUUGUACAUAAUAAAUGAAUUAGAAAAUAUUGUUUAAGACCUAGACUAAGAGAGAUAUUUCAGUAUUUUUAAUUA